CCAUUGCAACUGUUCAUACCCCUUUACCCACCUCGCAUCCUCACCAACACCAACGAUGACACGGCUGAUGAGCACCUCCAAUGGCCUGGCAGCAGCGACGACCGCAUCUGUCAAGCGAUCCAUGGUCGUACCCACCCCCCGCUUCUACUCGACCAAGAUCGAUCCCAUGACUGGCGAGCUGGCCCCGUCACCCGUACGAAGCCUCGACGCCUCAAGGCUGAAGAUCACCAACACCACCACUCCCCGUGACAUGCCUCCCUCAGAGUCGCUCAUCUUCGGCCACUCCUUCUCAGACCACAUGCUCACCAUCCCGUGGACCUCUACCGGAGGAUGGGCAGACCCCGUCAUUGGACCCUAUGCACCCCUCACACUCGACCCUUCCAGCGUAAUCUUCCACUAUGCACCUAGCUUGUUCGAGGGUAUGAAGGCAUACAAGGACAAGGAUGGCAAAGUCAGGCUUUUCAGGCCAGACAUGAACAUGAGGAGGAUGAACCUGAGCGCUGAUAGGAUCGCACUGCCAACAUUUGACGGAGGUGAACUCACCAAGCUCAUCAAGAAGCUCGUCACACUCGACUCGGCCUGGGUCCCCUCUGCACCCGGUCACUCCCUCUACAUCCGCCCCACCCUCAUCGGUACCCAAGCCGCCCUCGGCGUUAAUCAGACCUCCGACGCCCUCCUCUUCGUCAUCACUUCCCCCGUAGGACCCUACUACCCCACUGGCUUCAAGCCCGUAUCCCUCGAAGCUGACCCAGAGAAAGUCAGAGCCUGGCCCGGAGGUGUAGGACAGUACAAGCUUGGUGGUAACUACGCACCGGGAAUCAAGACGCAGAAGGAGGCAGCUACAAGGGGAUACCAGCAGUGCCUGUGGCUCUUUGGAGAGGAGCAGUGGCUUACCGAGGUGGGAACAAUGAAUCUCUUCAUUGUCAUCAGGGGAGAAGAUGGAGUCAGCGAGCUCGUGACACCGCCUCUGAACGGUAUGAUCCUUCCCGGAGUAACAAGAGACUCCAUCCUCUCCCUCAGCCGCGCACACAGCAAUGGACAGACCAACAUUCCCGGUCUGCCCAAGCAGCUGCGCGUAGUCGAGCGCGAGAUGAGCAUCCACGAGCUGCAAUCCCAUGCCGAAAGGGGUUCUCUGCUGGAAAUGUUCGGCGCGGGAACAGCGGCGGUAGUGAGCCCCGUGGAGCGAGUGGGUUACAAGGGACGGGAUAUCAUGAUUCCUACUGGUGAGGGAGGAGCAGGAGAGGUAGCCAAGGCUAUGCUUGCCGAGAUUGAUCUGAUUCAGAGGGGAGGAAAGGAGCACCCUUGGUCCGUCGUCUGCUAGAAGGACAUCGCACACUGCAUCCUCUUUCCGAUCGGCUGCCUCUUUCUCGUCUUUGUCUUUCUGCAGAAAUUCCGAUAGACUUCUUUCCAUCUUGCUUCUGUAGCUUCGCACAAUACAAUGUAAGGAUUUAUCCACGA